AUGCCUCAGGUGAAGUCUCUACAGUAUGCUUUAUUCCCGGCAACAGGAGCUUGGCAUGCUGAGAACAGUGAGAGGGUUUUUGCUCCAGUGGAUAGUGCAGUGAUAAUGUCUAGUCCUCUUGGUAGGGGGCUCCACCCGAAUAAAUUUGUUUGGCAUUAUGAGGCAAACGGUGCUUAUUCAGUUAAGAGUAGAUAUAGGUUGUUGACAUGGUGCAUUCUGCAAGAUGAAAGCACCAAUCUUGAUUUGAAUGACUGGUGGAAGUUGGCCUGGACAGCACUUGCACCCCAAAGGCUCUUAUUUUUCUUUGGCGAGUUUUCUAUGAAGCUCUUCCUUCAUCGAACCUUUCUAAACAUGGGGUGCGAAUGGGUGGUGGGUGUGGACAGUGUGGCUUCGCUGGAGUCCACAGCACAUAUUCUUUUCUGGUUUGAAUGUGCAAAAGGGGUCUCGAAAAGCUUGGGAUGGUGGGAUCAGAUGAGAGGUUUCCGGGAAGGCGAUAAUCUGCGUGAAAUUCUGUUGAGGGUGGCCAGGAGGUUUUGCCAGGCUACUGGUCAUGGAGGCACUGUUCAACGUCGUGAGAGUGUUGAAGAAAAGAUAGCUCGCCAUACCAAGGAUGGAACGCUCACGACCAGGGAGAUUGUUGUACAGUUCAAUGCUGACGUGGCUGAUGGAAUGCCCUGGAAAUUUGUGCCAACACAGAGAGAGGUGAGGGUCAAGCUAGGAGAGAGUGCUCUUGCAUUUUACAAAUCGAAGUUCAACUCCCAUGACCGGUGUAUCUACCUAUAA